AUGUCAACAAGGCUUAGCGAGAUCGACACCUGUGCGGAAACACCAGACGCUGUCAAUGCGGAGGAGACGCUGGCGAUAGAGACCGCCGCCCCGGAUCCGCUGCUGCGCGAGGACGCCGCAGAGGUGCCGCAGCUGAUGGCGCCCCACCCCGAUGCCGCCUUCGGGGUGCUCGAAGACGAGGAGGAGGCGACCCGCAAGGGCGUCGGCACCGGUGUCGGCGUCGUGGCCUUCGACAAACUCAAGGAAAAGAUUGAAUAUGUCAACAAGCAGGGCGAGAAGGUGGUGGCCGAGCUCGAGGUGCCGCUGGGCCUGGGCCUAGGCGACGACGCCGAGCGCCAGCGGCUGGCCCGCCUCGAGGAGGAGCGCAUCGACGAAGCCCUCAUGCGCCGCGGCGGCAAAGCCGGCAAGGGAGUCGAUGACAUCCGCCGCGAGAUCGUCGCCGAACGCGCCCAGCGACUCGCCACGCCCCAGAAGCAGACGCCAGCCCCACCUGCCAAGCCGGAGCUCGAGGAGGAGCUGCAGCUCGAGCGCGACCGACAGGACGUGGCGCGCGACAUCGACGCCGUGAUGGCGCGUCGACAUGACAGGGCCGCGCGGCUGCCGGGCGAAGACCACGACGAGAACGACUGCCACCACGCCGAGGAGAAGGUGACGCUGCAGCUGGUCAACGAGGACCAGCAGAUGGUGGUGCAGGAGCUGUACAGCGGGGUGCUGGACGACCACGCCGAGCUCGAGCCGGCGCUGGACGAGGCGCGCAGCCUCAAGUCCUACUUUGGCGAGACGCUGCACGAGGCCAACGAGGCCCGGCGCCGGGCCGACGAAGAGCCCGAGCGCAACCGGCGGCUGUACUACCGCGAGCACGGGAUCGACGACGACGAGUGGUCGGGCGCCGACGCGGCCGAGCUCACCGACGCGCGGCUGCCGCGGGCCGACGCGGCGGCGGCCGGCGUGCGGGACCUGGGCCUGGUGAUGAUGACCGCCGAAGAGAUCGAGGCCGAGCGCUACAACGCGGCCGUGGCGCGGGACCGCAAGCGCCAGCGCGAGGAGGUCGAGGCGCAGGGCACGCCGGCCUUCCCUGCCAAGCGCCGCAACAGCCUGCGCGGGGUGCUGGCGGCGCAGAUGCAGCGCGACCGCGCUCGCGACGCCGCCGAGAGCGCGCAUGAGGAGAAGCUGGCGCGGCUCGGGUGCUCGGUCGACACCCCCGCCGCGGCCAACCCCGACAUCGACGUACUCGCCGAGGAGGACAUCUACGACUAUCCCGCCAACGAGUCAACUGUGUACUACACGUACGGGGCGGAGCAGCUGGACUAUGGAGACAUGGACCAGCGGGACCAGGGCGACUACGACACGCUGCGGCCGUUCGACGGCGAUGAUGACCUGCUGCGCGAGGAGCGGCAUGAGGACAAGGACGCCGAGCGGGACGGCCAGCUGGUGCUCGGCGAGGUGCGCGAGGAGGUCCUGAUGCUCGAGGGCUGCCAGUCGAAUCGCAAGCUGCGGCCCGAGCCACCGUCCGACGACGCCCAGCCGUUGGUCAGGAAAGUGGAGCGGCUGCCGGCGAGACGCGCGGGAGUCGCCGAACGCGAGGCACCAGCGCUUGACUGA